CAAAGGUGUUGUAAUUCACAUCUCUGAACGGCGAACAUCACGACCGCAAUUGUCCUUCUGAUGCUGGAUUUAGUCUAUAUCUUUUAGAUAGUAAUUUUUUUACAGCACGUCUGUCGACCACCAGCAGACACAACAGAGGCAGAGCGGUGACUCAUGGGUAAUACUGAAGUGUAACGGUAACUGUUAGCGCCGCGCGCGUGAACGUGCUCGAUGUGUCUCUGAUACUGCGGGUGGAAAGUUGGGUGUCAAGGACCAGCGAAUGUACAGAGGGGAAUAUGGUGUUUCUAUAUGAUCCGUGGUUCACAGCUUUUUCCUCUUCCUGGUAAGAUUAGCGGAAGCCAGCAGUACUGUAGUGUUUUCUCUCUCUUCAUCUGCAGCAGCCUGUCAGCGAUCCGCUUCCCGGUGUUUCAUUAACGGACAAACAUCUGAACAUCUUCUCAGCGGCUUUGGACUAUCAGGUCGAUUAGUGAGAUACUGAUUUCUGAAGAUGACGGGUAAAUCAGUCAAAGACAUUGACCGCUAUCAGGCUGUUCUCACAUCUCUUCUCGCAUCAGAGGAAAACAAGUUUUGCGCUGAUUGUCACGCGAAAGGUCCCAGAUGGGCAUCCUGGAAUCUUGGAAUCUUCAUUUGUAUCCGCUGUGCGGGAAUCCAUCGGAAUCUUGGCGUGCACAUAUCACGAGUUAAAUCUGUAAACCUGGACCAGUGGACUCAUGAGCAGAUACAGUCUGUUCAGGAGAUGGGGAACACCAAAGCUCGGCGACUAUACGAGGCCUUUUUACCAGAGUGCUUCCAGCGCCCAGAGACAGACCAAGCUGCUGAGAUUUUUAUCCGUGACAAAUAUGAUAAGAAGAAAUAUAUGGAUAAAUGCAUUGACAUCCAGUCCUUUAGGAAAGAAAAGAGUGAGACGGUAACGAAAGAGGCUCCUGUUGUUUUUGAAAAGAUGAAGCUGAAAAAAGACGAGCCACAGCAAUUCAAAAACACUCCAAAAAAGCAGUCACAGUCUGUUAAUGACUUACUAGGGCUAGAUGCCCUAGCUCCUCAAGCUCCCGUGUCCAAUGGCAAACAGAGCACUGAAAUUAGCCCCGCCCUUGACCUCUUCACCUCUCUGCCUGCUGCCGUCAGCAGCUCAAACUCCGCCAGGAGCACGUCUAACUCAGGGUCCAUGCCCACUGGACGGGUAGCAGCGUCAGUGCCCGAAAACCUCAGCCUGUUCCUGGAUCCCCCCACCAAAAGCGAGGACAGCGGAAAGAAGAUGUCAAAGGACUCAAUCUUGUCCCUGUACAGCAGUACAGCGCCACAAACAAACAUGGCCGCUCAUGCUGGCAUGUACAUGGGAGCAACCCAGAUGGGCUAUGUCCCUGCUGCAGGCUAUGGCCAAUACCAGGCCCUGGCUGCCCAGCAGGGCAUGAUGGGGCCUAUGAUGGCUCCACAGAUGAACAUAGUGGGACAGGCAGGUGUCAUGCCGCCGACCGGAGUGCCAGCUGCUCCUCCGUACAUGGCAGGCGUGCAGGGGGGCGUAAUAGGAAUGCAGAAUGGGAUGAUGGGAAGCAUGGCAGCAGUUCCUCAGCAGGCAUAUGGAGCCCAACAGAUGCAGUGGAACAUCAGCCAGAUGACUCAACACAUGGCAGGAGUGAAUUUCUACAGUGCCAAUAACGUGAUGGGAUACGGUCAGUCCAUGGGCGGGGCGGCUGCUCCCGGUUCAAAUCAAAUGCUUGGGUCGCACGUGUGGAAGUGAUGACACCAUAAAGUGAGAGAGUGGGACAGUGUGUCUGAAUUGGGUGGGCUGGGUUGGCGCCACGACUGAAUGACAGAAGAAGGGGAACAGAUUGUAGGAGCACGAAUGAUACGAUGAUCGCAAUUGAAGCAAAUUCUCUACCUCCCUCGUUCUCAGAGCCAGAUUUUCAUGCUUGCCUUCAAACAAUCACAUAAUCAGAGAGAGAAUAGAGGUUUCCUUCGCAAGGUUUGGUGCGUACGCUCCUCUCAGAAUGUUACACGAUCCACAGCUUUGAUGUUCCUAAAUGAUGUGUUUUUGCUACAUACGCUUGAGGAUUUGAUUUUAUAUUCUCUCUUUUAUUGGCCACAGUGAUUUUGCCAAGUAAGACAUGUUCCUGGAUCAACAUAUUUUCUUGAUCCUGGAACAACAUUCCUGUCUGAAAAAGUAUGGUGUGUUCACACUUGUAGUUCGGUUCUCUUGGUUCCUUUGGUCCAGACCAAAAAAAAGAAAACAAUA